CCGGGACUCCUUGGUGGAUGGCGCCUGAAGUGGUGACAGGUCAACCAUAUGGCCCCAAAGUGGACAUAUGGUCUUUUGGAAUUGUGGGGAUUGAAAUGAUAGAACAAGAACCUCCUUACUGGAGCGAAAGUUCUGGCACAGUAAGGAGCAAAUACUCACUGAUCCCACUGUCUUUCUCACCUGUCCCCUGUCCUGCGUGCCGUUGGAAAAAAUCCCAUUGCCAUCUGCUGGAACUACUUCCACCAACGUCCCCUCCUACAAAUAUCCCUGCAACGCAUCAGCAUCUGCUCUAGUUUUGGUUGCAUCGGAUUUCCCAUUCCCAAACCUUUGCCAGAUGGAAGAGGAGGCUGAGAGGAAGAUGAGGAUGCCCCAGGACACCCAGGCAGACAAGAAGCUGAGGAUGGAGACCAGAGAGGAAAAAUCCCCGUGGAAGAACCUGGAGGAAGAGGCUGUUUUGAGUGGCUGCACGGGAAAGGAAUCGAACAGAGAGGAAAAUCCCCAGAGAUCCCACAGGAGGAGGGGCUGCAAACCCAGACAAGGGUGCUCUGUGGAGGAAAGACCCUCCCUGAGCCAGGAAGGUGGGCAGAGCUUCAGCCAGAGCUCAGAGCUGGUGGUCCAUGAGCAGCUUCAUGAUGGAGUGAAGCCCCACAAGUGCUUGGAGUGUGGGAAGAGCUUCAGGCAGAGCAGCACCCUGAUCCGUCACCAGAUGAUCCACACUGGGGAAUGGGCCUAUGAGUGUGGGGAAUGUGGGAAGGGUUUCAGCUGCAGCUCCCAGCUUAUCAACCAUCAACAAAUCCACACUGGUGAAAGGCUCUACGAGUUUCCCGAGUAUCAGAAGAGGUUUCAGAGCAGCUCCCAUCUCCUCCGCCACCAGCGAAUUCACACAGAGGAGAGAGCCUUCCGCUGCCCUGAGUGCGGGAAGGGCUUCCAGAAAAAAUCCACCCUCAUCACCCACCGGCACAACCAUACUGGGGAGAGGCCCUGUGAGUGUCCCACCUCUGGGAAGAGGUUCCAGACCAGCCCAAAUCUCUGCCUGAAUGAGCGGAGUUACACUGGGGAGAGGCCCUUCCGCUGCCCCGACUGUGGGAAGGGCUUCAAGAAAAAAUCCACCUUUAUCAUCCACCGGCACAUCCAUACUGGGGAGAGGCCCUACGAGUCCCCCACAUCAUGGGAAGAGCUUCUCCAUGAGCUCAGACUUGACCAGACACCAAUGGAGUCACCAGUAAGGGAAGUUCUGUGAGUGCCCCAGCUGCAGGAAGAGCUUCAUGCCCAGCUCCAGCUUCAUUCCCCAUUGGAAGUCACAUGUUGGGAAGAGUGAUCCAUUUUUCCUGUGAUCCAUGCUGGGAAAACAGUUGUCCCUUUUCCUGCCCCUCCCAAUGGCAUGAUGUGUCAUUGAAAAACAUGAGGGUCUGCCCAUGGCCGUGUCAUUACAUUCACUCCCACCUCAGGUCACUGCCAGGGGCAGGAAAGGGACUGUCUCUCUCUCUCUCUCUCUCCCCUGAAGAGAAGGGUGUCCUUUCCAGGCAGGGGAAAUUGUGGCCAGGCAGACCCAGUGAGUUGUGUUGUAGUUUUCCCUGUCAAAGUUUUAUUUAUCCCUUCUGUUAUCAAUAUUGUUUCUGUUCCCUUUGUUUCUUAUCUUGUUCCUGUUCCCAAUAAAUUCUUCUUAUCCCA